UCUGGCGUCUUUGCUCGUUGCAAUAUCGGACUCCGUGAAUGACUUUGACUUUGCGAUGUAUUGCUUGAGCAUGAACAUCUGCCACUUCGUCGUGGCCUCGGUCGCGAUGCAGUACUGGAUCGUCGUGACGAUCGCCAAACAGCUGCGCGCCAGCCUGAACGCCAAGUUGUCCGGCUGCUCGAUGCACGCGGACGGCUUCGCCUCGGUCCUCCAAGUCGAGGAUAAGCUCUCGCGAUUCUGGCAAUUGCACGUGCAGCUGGACAAGUUGUCGCGCGACAUAUCUGCCUUCUAUUCGCUCAGCGUGCUGCUCACUGUCACGAAUGCACUGCUAGUGACGACUUCGGUCAUUUACGAUAUUAUCGCUAAACCAAUGGUGAUCAGAGAUGAUCGCCUCGCGAUAAGCGACUACCUUCGAGGAUUGUGUUUCAUCUUCCCGUACUUGUAUUCCGUCGUGAUGCUCACGUCACGCGCUACGGCAGCCGUCAACGAGAGUGAAAGAACGCGCGACAUUGUAGCCGGCUUGUUGAGAAAAUCACAAUCGCGAGGGAUUCGAGAUAAGUUGCGCCAGUUUUCCAUUUCUCUGCUGUACGGAGUCGUUGAGUUCACAGUCUUCGAUUUCUUCUCGCUGAACGGCUCUCUCGUUGUAUCGAUUGUGGGUUCUAUAACGGCGUACCUGGUCAUAAUACUACAAUUCCAAAGUGAAGAGUGCACGAGUCAGGACGAAUCCUAAAUUUCACCAGUUGCAGCCGCGCUACUCGUUCCCAUCAGUUUCAUCAUCAUUUAUCGUCGUAUUUCGAUAUGUCUGUUUGACCAGUCAGCUACGCUAAUUCAAAAUGUGAUGAUCAACAAGAACAUGGAAUUUUACAGGCUUUUCAUAGCAACACUCGUGAGGAAAUGCGAACUACGGAUACUGCGGAUAAAAAAAGAGCGAGUGUUAUCGCUCAGCGCUGCGCUUGUUUAAAAAGAGAUAUUCGCG